AUGAGAAUUGUGUGUAUUGGUUGUGCUCCAACAACAUUAGGCUUUGCCUAUCGCUUAAAUGAAAUCAUAAAAGAAGGAAUUGAAAAUGUUGACGAUAUUGAAUUAAUUGUUUUGGAGAAGGAAAUGAAACCUGGGGGGCUUUCUGGAACGAUUCGAGAUGAACACGGAUUUCUUUGGGAUAUGGGUGGACAUAUUACAUUUUCACAUAAUUUUCCUUAUUACGAAAAAGCAACAAAAGAAGCAGUAAAAGAAUGGAAUAAUUUAGAACGUAAUUGUAUGGUUGACUUAAAUUAUUUAUAUGGAGAACCUGGCAUUAAUCUCGUUCCAUAUCCAGCCCAAUUUGCUGUCCCUUUAUUCCCUGAAGAAACAAAAAGGAAAUGUUUGUCUGAAUUAAAGCAACGAUAUGAAGAUCAAAACAUCUCUCAAUCAUCUCCCACUGAUUUUGAAAGUUGGGUUCUCCAUCACUUUGGUCCUUCAAUACUUGAGAUUUUCUUCAAGCCAUAUACAAAAAAAGUUUGGACGGUGGAUACUUCCAAAAUGUCAUGUUCGUGGGUCGGAACUAGAGUUGCUAAGUUACCACAGGAGAAACUUGAAGAAUUAUGUGAAAUGGGAAAGGAAGAAUUAAAAAAGGCGGAUUUUGGUUGGGGACCAAAUACUCAUUUUACAUUCCCCAAAUAUGGCGGUACAUGUGCUGUUUGGGAAAAGAUGGAACAAAUGUUGCCUUCAAAGUGGUUCAAAUAUGGUACUAAAGUGAUCAAAAUUGAUUACAACAAAAAAAGGCUAGUAUACACAAAUACUGAAGGAAGAGAACAUCGUCUUAGCUAUGAUGUUUUAAUUAAUUCUGGACCGAUAGAUUUACUUGUUGAACAAUCAAAAAUAUGUACUCCUUUACAAUUAAAGCAUAAUAAGGUAAUUAUUGUUGGUGUUGGGUUAGAGUUGCCAUUUACUGAAUUUUGUCAGAAAUUUACUUGGCUAUAUUUUCCUGAUCCAAAAGUUCCUUUUUAUCGAGUUACUUUCUUUUCGCGUUAUGGAGAUGUUACUCCAGAUAGUAGCAAAUAUUGGUCUGUAAUGUGUGAUUGUGCAUUACCUUUUGAUGAUCCGAGAGAUUCAGAACUUUCUCGUUGCCAUUCAAUUCUCGAAGAAUUCCAAAUUUAUAGUCGAGGGCGUUUUGGUGGGUGGAAAUAUGAAGUAUCCAAUCAAGAUCAUUGUUUUAUUCAAGGAAGAGAAUUGUGUGAUAGACUUGUUCUCGGUGAAAAUGAAAAAUUAUAUAAAACACUUGUGCCUGAAAAGAGAGGAUAG